UGUGGUUGUCAGGGAGGGAAACGGUUCCGCUGCAGUUCGCGGGCUGUCGGACAGUAACACAACAUGGAGGUGGACAUGGCGGAGGCCGAGGCUGAAUGUGAGCACAAGCCGACAGAGAGCGGGCAGCAGGCGGAUACGGAGGCCGGAGAGACGUCGGCCAAAAGCUCCGGGAACUCUUACGAGCUGCCCUGGGUGGAGAAAUACAGGCCGCUCAAACUGAACCACAUCGUGGGCAACGAGGAGACCGUGAGCCGGCUGGAGGUGUUCGCCAGGGAGGGAAACGUCCCCAACAUCAUCAUCGCAGGUCCUCCCGGCACCGGAAAGACCACCAGCAUCCUGUGUUUGGCCCGAGCGCUGCUGGGAGCCUCCAUGAAAGACGCCGUGCUGGAGCUCAACGCUUCAAACGACAGGGGAAUCGACGUGGUGAGGAACAAGAUCAAGAUGUUCGCUCAGCAGAAAGUGACGCUGCCCAAAGGACGACACAAGGUCAUCAUCCUGGACGAGGCCGACAGUAUGACAGACGGAGCUCAGCAGGCGUUGAGGAGGAUCAUGGAGAUUUACUCGAAGACGACGCGCUUCGCUCUCGCCUGCAACGCCUCCGAUAAGAUCAUCGAGCCGAUCCAGUCUCGCUGCGCCGUGCUGCGCUACUCCAAACUGACGGACGGGCAGAUCCUGGCCCGGCUGCAGGAGGUGGUGGAGCAGGAGCGCCUGUCGGUGUCCGACGACGGGCUGGAGGCCAUCAUCUUCACCGCCCAGGGAGACAUGAGACAGGCGUUGAACAACCUGCAGUCUACAAACUCCGGCUUCGGCUACAUCAACAGCGAGAACGUCUUCAAGGUGUGUGACGAGCCCCACCCCCUGCUGGUGAAGAGCAUGCUGGGACACUGCGUGGCCGGGAACAUCGACGAGGCCUACAAGGUGGUGGAGAACCUGUGGGCGCUGGGCUACUCUCCGGAGGACAUCAUCGGAAACAUCUUCAGGGUCUGCAAGACUUUCCAGAUGGCCGAGUACCUCAAACUGGAGUUCAUCAAGGAGAUCGGUUACACUCACAUGAGGGUUGCUGAAGGAGUUAACUCCCUGCUGCAGAUGGCCGGUCUGCUGGGUCGACUCUGCAGUAAGACAGCGCCCCCUGCUGCCAGCUGAACCCAGCCCCCCCCCCCACCCCGUUAAACCCACUGCUGCCCCCAGACUCUUCAUUAAACCCAGCACCUGUUUGAUGCUGAGGGUCUUACACUGAACCCUCCUCCAGGAGCUGAACUGUGAUCAGACCAUCAGUGUUUGUCUGCAGACGUUCUCUCCGUCUGUGGAAGCUAAAUGACGUUAAAGCCUGACAAUAAAUCUCUUUUUCAUUUA